AUGCACGUGCUACAUCUCGUCCUCCUAUUAAUGCUCGAGUCGUCGGCUAUCGGUGAAAAAAUCAAAAUUGGCUUGAUUUUGGCAGAACCAUUUGCUUGGAUACACCCGGAUUGCCAGUCUGCACCUGAUUCUGAAAAAUGUAGAGGAAAUAAUCGAUAUCGAGGAUUUUGCGUGGAUUUGUUACAGUUCAUAUCAGCUGCCGCCAAGGAUUUCGACUAUGAGCUAAAAAAUGAGACCCGAGUUGGUCGACGGCACACUUCCGGUGAAUGGGAUGGAGCUCUCGGGCAGUUAUUUCGUAACGAUACCGACUUAGUGAUCGGUCCGAUAAGCAUCACGGCGAGCCGAGCCGCUAGCUUCGAGUUUACACAGCCGUUUUUGAACACUGGGAUCUCAGUGAUGAUCAAAAAGCCGCAGCGGGUGGAACCCGGCCCCUUCUCCUUCCUGCAAGCAUUCAGCGUCACCACAUGGGGAUACAUUGUGUUUACCUACGCUGGGAUGAUUUUCCUACACGUUUUCUUACUCUACAAACGCAUCAAACGGAACUACGGGGAGCCGAUGAGGGCCUAUUCCGAAAAGAUACUACGUACAAUUUGCUACGUCUUCACGCUUUUUGUCUUUGGAUUGUACACAGCAAACUUGUCGACGAUAAUACAGCAUAAUUUGAAUGAAAAAGCGGCAGAAUACGUAGAUGGAGGGCCGGUUCCAGAAUCCCUUGACGAACUAUUGGAUGGAAAACUUGGGAUUCAGCUGGCAGUUGUUAAAGGGGAUUUGAUCAGCUGGAAUUUC